UUGAUGUCAUAUAGUUUUGGUAUAUUUGUGAGAUUUUGCUGAAGCCUUUAACUUUUGUUAUUGCACAGUGAAUAAUAGUGAUAAGUGUGUUUUGUGCCAUUCGUAAGAAUUGAGUUCCAUCAAAUAUGGCUAAUAUUGGCCCUAAGAAAGACGGCGGGCCAAAUGUAGAAUAUUUCCAGUCACCGGAAUCGCUAGCACAAUUCGAUCAAAUUCGUGUUUGGCUGCAGAAAAAUUGCAAAAAGCAUGUCCAAACAGACCCACCAACUAAGGAGGGCUUGGCCCAACUGGUCAUCCAGCUUAUCCAGUACCAGGAGAACAAGCUGGGGAAGAAUGCGGCUGAUCCACCGUUUUUGAGGCUUCCAAUGAAAGUGUUUAUGGACAUGAAGCCGGGCGGUUCGCUCUGCUCGGUGCUCGCCACCAUGUUCCGUUUCAAGUCGGAGCAGCGGUGGCGCAAGUUCGACUUCCAGGUCGGUAAGAACCCGUCGCGCAAGGACCUGAACGUGCAGAUGAUGAUGGAGAUCGAGUCCUCGCUGCUGGGGGCGGAGGCGGUGCGCUCGCCCUGCGUCUUCAUCCGGCCCGAUGUCGACAAGACCACCGCCAACAAGAUCAAGGACAUCGUCGUCAACCGACAGGGAGAGAUAUGCGAAGACGAAGAGGAUGCGACGCACAUCAUCUAUCCGAACGUGGACCCGGUGGAGGAGGAGUACGCGCGGCCGGUGUUCCGGCGCGGCCCCAACGUGCUAGUGCACUGGUACUACCUGCCCGACAGCCACGACACCUGGGCGCAGGCCGACCUGCCGGUUGAGGUGCCGGAGACGGGCAGCUGGGAGUGCACGCGCAGCGAGCCGUGGCGCGUGACCGCGGCGUGGGCGCUGGACCUGCCGCAGUACAACGAGUGGAUGAACGAGGAGGACUACGAGGUGGACGCCGCCGGCAAGAAGAAGGUGCACAAGCUUCGCCUGUCCGUGGAGGAGCUGAUGCCGGGCGGCGAGACGUCCAGCAAGGGCAAGAAGGGCAAGCGCAAGCGCUCGCCCUCGCCGCCGCCUCAGAAGCACCUCAAGAGAAAGAGCCGCGUGACGAAGAAGCGCGACACGGACGGCGACGACGAGGAGGACGCCGCGUCGCGCGACAACACCGACGUCGCGCCGCCGCCGCCGCCCGAGCCCGAGCGCCCGCCAGAGAAAGAAACGCCUGCCGCGGAGCCGGCGGCGGUGGAGGCGGCCGCCGACACGGCGCCGGCCACGCCCGCGCCCGCGCCCGCGCCCGCGCCCCUCAUGGACGCCCACGACGACUCGCAGGGCAAGCACAGCGACUCCAACACUCAGGAAACGACGGUGAAGGAGGAACCGGAAGACAACGUGACGGACCAGACGCACCACAUCGUGGUUCCGUCGUACUCGGCCUGGUUCGACUACAACUCCAUACACACCAUCGAGAAGCGCGCCCUGCCGGAGUUCUUCAACGGGAAGAACAAGUCCAAGACGCCCGAGAUCUACCUCGCCUACAGGAACUUCAUGAUCGACACAUACCGGCUGAACCCCACGGAGUACUUGACCAGCACGGCGUCGCGGCGCAACCUCGCCGGCGACGUGUGCGCCAUCAUGCGCGUGCACGGCUUCCUGGAGCAGUGGGGGCUCAUCAACUACCAGCUGGAGGCGGAGUCGCGGCCGACGGCGAUGGGCCCGCCGCCCACGUCGCACUUCCACGUGCUGUCCGACACGCCCUCCGGCCUGCAGCCGCUCAACCGCGCCGCCUUGCCGAGACCAGUGGAGACCGCGGCGGUGCCGAAGAUGGAGGCGGGUCUGCCGAACGGCGUGGACACGACGGCUCCGGUGGCCGCCGUCAAGGCCGAGAACCUUCUCGAAAUGGGCGGAGCGCCGGGACUCAAGCUCGACCAGUACCGCGGCGGAGCGCGCGGUCGCGAGUGGACGGAGCAGGAGACGCUGCUGCUGCUCGAGGGGCUGGAGCUGCACCGCGACGACUGGAACCGCGUGGCCGCGCACGUGGGCACGCGCACGCACGACGAGUGCAUCCUGCACUUCCUGCGCCUGCCCAUCGAGGAGCCCUACCUGCAGGACGGCGCCUCCGGUGGCGUGCUAGGUCCGCUGGCGUACCAGCCGAUCCCGUUCAGCAAGCAGGGCAACCCCGUGAUGAGCACCGUGGCCUUCCUCGCGUCCGUCGUGGACCCGCGCAUCGCCUCCAAGGCCACCGGCGCCGCCAUGGCCGAGUUCGCCGCCAUCAAGGACGAGGUGCCGGCGGCCAUGAUGGAGGCGCACGUGAAGGCGGCGGAGGCGCACGGGCCGGCCGCCGCGCUGCAGGCCACCGGCAUCGCCGGCACCGCGCCCGACCUGCCGCCGUCGCUAGAAAAGAAAGAAGGCGUCAGCGAAGUGAAGACGGAGGCGAUGGAGGUGGAGGAGGGCGAGGUGAAGCCCAAGGAGGAGCCCGCCGAGCCCGCGCCCGAGGAGCCCAAGGACACCAAACACGCGCCGCCACCCGCAGGCUCGGCACCCUCGACGGUGGACGUGAAACUGCAGUCCGCGGCCGCGGCCGCGCUGGCGGCGGCCGCCGUCAAGGCCAAGCACCUCGCCGGCGUCGAGGAGCGCAAGAUCAAGUCGCUGGUAGCGCUACUGGUUGAAACGCAGAUGAAGAAGCUCGAAAUCAAGCUGCGGCACUUCGAGGAACUCGAGGCCACCAUGGAGCGUGAGCGUGAGGGGUUAGAAUAUCAGAGACAACAGCUGAUCCAGGAGCGGCAGCAGUUCCACCUGGAACAGCUGAAGGCCGCCGAGUUCCGCGCGCGCCACCAGGCGCACCAAAGGAUGCAGCAGGAGGGCGGCGCGGCGCCGGCGACGGCGGCGGCGGCGGGGCCCGCGGCCGAGGCGCCGCCGGCCGACGCGCAGCCGCACCACGCAUAGAACCUGCCUCCCGCGGCUAUGUCCAUAGCCGCCGUGCUCUAGCCACCGCGCCCCUGUCCGGCUAGCACCGUGCUGAACUUAGCCGCCUAA